UUUCAUAGGAAAAAUGAUUCUGACGGAAAAAAUAUUCGUGGCUUUACCGUAAGCGAAAUGUAUGCGUCCUCCGGGUAGGUGUGGAUCUCGCGCGGUUUGUUAUGGCUAGUCAAUCCCCAAGUAACCGCGAUGUCAAUGCAUCUCACGAACCAUCGUUAGCAUGUGUAUUUAAUCAGUGAUAUCCGGUUACAUUCGUUAUUUGCGCGUGUUUAUGCAUUGGCAUACUGGCGUACAGGUGGGCGUUAAUAAGGACGGCGAAAAAGUUAUGUUCGCGGGUCGAGGAAUGUAGCGACUAGCAGUACAGAACAGAGUCGGGUCCAACGAGAUAGCGAGCGCUUUGGACUUAUGUCAAAUAAAAUGCUACGAUUCUUGUCACGGCGAAGAGCGCGCAGUGUCAGCGGGCAAACCGCGUCCUCGCAAAUAAAAAACCAGCGACUGCUCAGCAACAAAAAUGUUGUACAGUGCAGAGUCGUGUUGCUGGAUGGUACUGACCUGCCUAUCGAGUUAUCAAAAAAAGCAUUGGCUAGUGACUUAUAUGAACAGGUAUUUUAUAGCUUGGAUUUAAUAGAGAAGGACUAUUUUGGACUGCAAUAUACAGACAGCAAUAAUGUUCAACAUUGGUUGGACCCGACGAAACCGAUAAAAAAACAAGUAAAAAUUGGGCCACCUUAUACUUUACGCUUGAAAGUAAAGUUCUAUUCCUCAGAGCCUAAUACGUUACGCGAAGAGUUAACUAGGUAUCAGUUCUUCCUACAGCUAAAGCAAGAUGUGUUGGAAGGAAAGCUUCACUGUCCUCAUCAAGUAGCAGUUCAGUUGGCUGCCCUAUCUUUGCAAUCUGAACUUGGUGAUUAUGACCCUACUGCACACAGCGCAGCAACAGUAUCAGAGUUCCGUUUUGUGCCUGGUCAAACGGAACAGAUGGAACUGGAAAUACUUGAGGAAUAUGCAAAGUGUUCUGGCCUAAGUCCAGCUCAGGCUGAGUCUGCUUAUCUGAGCAAAGCUAAAUGGCUGGAUAUGUAUGGAGUGGACAUGCAUACUGUUCUUGGCAAAGAUGCCUGCGAAUAUUCCUUGGGUCUGACUCCAACUGGAAUCUUAGUGUUUGAAGGCACACAGAAGAUAGGUUUAUUUUUCUGGCCUAAAAUCGGUCGUUUGGACUUCAAAAAGAAGAAAUUGACCUUAGUGGUAGUAGAGGAAGAUGAUGAGGGCAGAGGAGAGCAAGAGCACACGUUUGUGUUCAGAUUGGUAAAUGAAAAAGCUUGCAAACAUUUAUGGAAAUGCGCUGUGGAACACCAUGCCUUCUUCAGGCUGAGAGCCCCAGUUAAAGGAGCCAGCGGUCGACAGAACUUCUUUAGAAUGGGCUCACGAUUUCGUUAUAGUGGCAAAACCGAGUUCCAAACGACUCAAUUGAACCGAGCACGGAGAACUGUUCAAUUUGAACGUCGACCAAGUCAGAGAUACGCUCGCAGACAGAGUCAUGUUUUGAGAGAAAGACAACGUCAGCAGGUGGAACAGCCACAAAUCUCACCGCCUGCUGCCGAAGAGCAGCCCUUGCAACGUCAGCCAAGUCAAUGCAGUACAAAAUCCUCAAAUUCCAGCUUGCAUGGUGCAUCAUCACCAUUAGUAGAUUCAUUGCUGAAGUCACUUGCCAAAGAUCAGCAGCCUUUGGAAGCCAGAAAUCAAACGGCGAUUGCCAGCACAGAGAAAGAGUCCGAGCCUGUAAAAACAAGUCUAACCAUCGAGACCAUAACUAAUCCGGUGCAACUAGUGCCGAACAAUCAAGUAGGCGGCACCUCGUCGUUGCCACCUCGCACUCCCAUACCGCCAGAGUCAUUGAAAUGCAACAUACUGAAAGCAAAAUCUCUAGAACAAGGGAAAAAUUCGAAUCUAGUUUCAAUUACUUCCACGGAUGUACCUGCAGUUGUUCCUAAGAAUAGUCAGCACUCUGAGGCAGCAACAAUUGUAUCCGUGGGUGGAGACAAGCUAACUCUUUCUGUGAGCGGAUCGACAACAAUGAAUCCAUCUCUGGACGACAAUGUUACUGUAACACACUUCUCUUUAGACAGUUGGGGUCAGAUCGAGCAAAAGACCACUCAACUGAACCCCAAGAUCUCAAAUCAAUCCCAGAAUCCGUUCAAUCCGUUCACCAGUAACAAUAAUACAGAUGUUACUACCAAUGUUUCUGAAAGUGUUGAAGAAGAAGCGAAGCCAGAAGAGGAAAAGAAAGCGAACACGAACCCGUUCAUAGACUCGAAUCCAUUCUUGGGUUUGCUAAACCCGUUUAAAGAGGUGCAACCACCUGUCGAGAAAAAAGUUGAAUCUGAAGUCGAGAAAAAUGGAGCAAGAGUCGUGAAGACUGAAGAGAUCCAAACGACCACCACAACUCUCACGCAUAAGGAUGAUAAUUCUGCGGUCUCUGAUAUCAGUCCCUGGCUAGUAGCCGACCCAUCGCAGACAACAGUUGCAGAUCAAACUCCCAUUAAGCAUACUAUCAUUACCAGGAAGACUGUAAUUACAACGCAACUCUGAAGUAUUAUCUCUGUAAUGGAACACGUGAGAAGUACUGAAUCAUCAAGGUAUUUAUUGAAUCACGUCUUCCUUGGAUUACAUACUCGUUUUCUUCAAGUGAGUACGACAAUAGUAUGGCACUGCCUGUUUAAAAAAAGUUAAAGAAAAUACUUUGAAGUCUAAACGGGACCAAUCAAAUGUUACUACAUUUUGCGAACAACUAGUUUACGCUUAAUAUUGUGCAAAAGUUUAUUCGAGAAUCUGAUGGAUAUCAGAGAUUUAUAUAUUUUUAAUUCCUAGCUAUUUUUUAAGAAUCGAUUAAUUAAUAGAUGCUUGUUUCAACUACGAAGAUUUCCUUUGUACAUAAUUUAUAUCGUUUAAGAAAGUACUUAUUAGUACCAUAGUAGCAACACUUAAAUGCAAGAGCGGUUACUUUUCUUUAAUAGUUAUUUUAUUUUUUAUUGCAAAACAUUUUUUUUUUUAUUGAACUCUGCCAUGCAAGUUGUUUUAAUCGUGUUCUGCAUUUAUUGUAGAGUAAGAUGAUUGAUUGUUAUACAGAUUUAAGUGACCUUGCACUCUAUUAGCACGUAUUUAGAUGAUAUGCAUACAUUGAAAUGUAAUGUAUGGUGCUUUUAUUACGCGAUAGAGACAUUUAACCCAGGGUACGCAAACUUUUGACAUACUUUUUUAUAAAAAUAUAUUUCACACAUUUUGUACCUAAUUGUAUGUUUUAUAUCGAAUUAUAUAAAUUUUGCGCUUUAAUGCAAUGCCUGAAUGAAGUUUGAGUACCCAAGUAGUAUAAUAGAUGUAUUUCAAUUCCUGUGAGAUAGUAUUUUAUACUUGCCAUAGUGCCUUUAAUUAUAACAAGGAAGGAGAAAGCUAUUAUACUCCAGUUUUAUAUUCAUUCCAGUUGAUUUACAUUUUACUCGUGUCAAAAAAUUCGUUCAUUGAAAGAUUUUUAGAGCGUGAAAGUAUGUACAUUAUUAUUGGUUUAUUAUGAUUACUUCGUAAAAGUAUUUUCUGUUAAUCCUCUUUUGUGAAAUAUUCAGAUAUACAUGAUUAACGGCAAAACAAACGGUAUUCCUAUUACGCUAUCUAGUGUAUCAUAUUAUAAAAUUUUAUUGUUUAUAUGGUUACGGUAUUUUGUAACUGAUGUAUCAGUAUUUUGUAAAAAACGAUUACAAGCGUAAUACAAUAAAUUUAAAAAAUUGGAUAAUCGCGUGGAAUUCAAUGAUCUGAUCGAGUUUAUUGUAUUAUGCGGAUUGUGGUAAACAAAACUGCAUCUAAAGUGCAGCUUAACAGUUUUUGUUAAUUUUAUCGAAUCAUGAGCCACGAAAUCAUAUAAAAUAAGACUCGUCCUUUACGACGAAUUACGUAAAAGGCUGUUGAAGUACUUAUUGUAUUCCAUUUUACGAGCAUUUACGAAAGUAGAACGCGGCGCUAUAUUAUGUUAAUUUUAUGUAUUUAAAUAUAUUGUAUUUAAUAGCAAUAAGCCAAGUACUAUAUGAUACUAUUAUUUGAAGAUCUAAUAUAUCUAUUACCUGUGUU